AUGUGCGGCACUGAGGUCGGUGCGGGGCUCAGGCGUGGUGGGUUUCGUCGUUUCACCGUCGUUACCGUUAGCUUUAUUGCUCUCAUAAAUCAUUCUCUCACACGACUUGUUCAUAUGUGGCGAGCAAGUGGGCGUCAAGUUUCAAGACUGAGCACUGUUGAAGCUUAUGAUAGUGUUGUGCGCGAGGGCAAAUUCACUAUCCAUUUGGCUGUUCCUGCUUGA